AGAAGCCACAAACGAAUUCAGAGCGUUCUAUUUACAGGUUCCAUUGAGAAACUAAAAUUUUAUAAUGAGAACUUUUGCCAUUAUUUCGCUGGCCAUUGUGGCAGUAGCCCUUUUGAUUGACUUCUGCUCGGCCCACGAUGACAAGAAGAAGCCGGACGGGCAUCUGCAGGAGGUGGAAGCCAUGCUGAUGGAGCAGGGUCACCUGCCUGCCUUCGAGGAGUUGUCCCGGUUCCGACGAGCUGCCGAGGAGGAUUCCGAGGGUGGCAAGGGAAAGGGUAAGGGCAAGGGUAAAGGAAAGGGUCGCGGAGGUCCAGACGGCCAGGGAGGCCAGGGUGGACAGGGUGGCGGCCAGGGAGGACAGGAAUAAGCUGGCGGGGAUGUUUGGGGAUACUGAAAGAUCUGAAUCUGGUUGUCAGUGGGUUCUUGGGAAAUUAAUUGGCAGUGCACUGAUGAUGUUAGUUGCUAGUUUUAUGUUAUGUUGAUUUUUAAAUUUGCAAGUUUUUGAGCAUGGUGGUAAAUAAAUAAGUGCAAAAGAAUUGU